GAUUGGUACCGCUUCUGGGGUUAGUGAGCUAAGGGCAUGGAGUGCACCAGGUCUCAGAAAAAACGAGUGUCCAUGGGAGAUGGAGCGCUCUGCAGAGUCAACUCAUUUACUCUCUAAAUCAAGGCAAUGAGCGGAAGCCGCGUCCCUGGGACCCUGCUAGAAAUUGUCGGAGACUCUGCCGGCUCCACUGGCGCUCUUGCCCCGAGCUGCGCUGUGGGACCCUGGAGACAUGCAGGCAUCUGUGGUUCUCUCCCUCCUCGGCUGUCUGGUGGUGCCAAGCGGCGCGGCGGUCCUGGGACGCUGCACGGUGGCUAAGAGGCUCCAAGAAGGAGGCCUGCGUGAUUAUGAGGGCUACAGCCUAGAAAACUGGGUGUGUCUGGCUUAUUUUGAGAGCAAGUUCAACCCUAUGGCUGUCUACGAGAACACGCGUGAUUCCUACACGGGCUUCGGCCUCUUUCAGAUUCGCAACCCUGACUGGUGCGACAAGGGGAAGAACCGCUGCCACGUGUCCUGCUCCGCUUUACUGAAUUCAAAUUUAAAUAAGACAAUUGAAUGCGCAAAGAAAAUUGUAAAAGGAAAAAGAGGAAUGGGAGCAUGGCCCGCCUGGACCACCAACUGCCAGAACUCCAACACUCUGGCCCGCUGGUUGGAUGGAUGCAAGCUGUAGCCGCCGGACGGCCCUCCAGACACUCCCGUCGCGUCUUCCUGUGUGUGGCUUUCACUUAAUCCUGUUGACUAUCUAGCUCACUGGUUGACAGCUCCAGAUGAAAAAGGACCGAAGUUGCUUCAUUCAGGCAUGCAGGACGUAGAAUAAACCAGCCACUUGCUCA